AUGACCGUAUCUUGGAUAGACGAACUAAGUAAUGAUCCAGCGUCACUUCCUCCCAUUGAGGAGAAAUUUGAUCCUGAACGGAAUAUUAAAACUACUAUUCGAUAUUUUUAUAAUGAAGAUGGUGAUUUAAUAAAAGAAACUAAAGAGUAUAGCAGAGAGAAGCGUGUCGUUGCUUCUCAAGUUGCAGAAAGAAAAAAGUGGAAAAAAUUUGGCGCUUCAAAAUCUGAUCCUCCAGGUGGAAGUAUAGCUAAUACCUAUCCAGCUGAUAUUGUUACAAUGCAAAUUGUUCAGUUAAGACAGCCAGAACAAGAACAAAAGAGACAAGAAGAAUUGAAUGUCAAAGUUAAACUCGGAGAACCAGUGGUUAUUUGCAGUUAUUGUAAGGGUGGGCAUUUCACACGUACCUGUCCAUAUAAAAAUGAUAUGGAAGCAAUGCAGUUGUUGCAAGAACAACUUCGGGCUAAAACUGAACCUGCAGAAGAAUCUGUUAAAGAACCGCAAAUCGAUCGCCCUGGACGUUACAUCCCACCAUCUUUACGUGGUGAUGCAGCUGCAACAGGCACUAGUAUGUCUUCAGAAAAGCGUCCAUUUGACGGAAAUACAGUACGUGUUACUAAUCUACCUCCGGAUACAACUGCAGAUGAUCUUAAGGCGUUGUUCAGUUCAUUUGGUCAUGUGAUGCGUAUCUAUCCUGCAAAGGAUAAAUUAACUCAACAAAAUAGGGGAUUCGCAUUCAUAUCGUACGAAACAGCAGAUCAAGCGAAAAAUGCAAUUUAUGGUGUUAAUGGUCUUCGGCAUAACCAUGUCGUACUGAAAGUUGACUGGGCUAAGCCUUCGAAUAACUAG